AUGAGCGAAGGAAUGAAGGAAGCAUUAGAAAGGCGAGGAACGUUCAUGUAUAGCGGAUCAUUCAUGGAUAUUUCAUUUGAGUUUUAUCGCAAAAUUUUUAAUAAUAACUUCAACAUUAAAUUUGGAUUUCCACGUAGCGAUACCUGCAGUAGUUGCGAUAAAUAUACUGCUGUGAAAACAGCACUAUUGAAAAAUAAAAAUGAUUCAACGACGCCAGAAAACGACACGAAAAUUCUUCAAGAACUAAGAAAGAAGAAAAUAGAACAUAAAUUGCAUUUGAGAAAGGCCGAAGUGUUCUAUGAUCGAAAUUAUUUUGAACUGUUAGAUCUACUUGCUCUGGAAGAAUAUAAUAUGCGUGAUCACUUAGAAGCCAGUAACAUUUUUAAAGGCACAUCCAGCGAAAUUCAAAAUCAGUUGAUAGAAUCGGUGGAAUGUAUUAUCAGACAGAAAAGUUUUAAAGAUUUGCAAGAAGCGGACUUUAUAUCUGUUCAGGCUGAUGAAAAAACUGAUGUAUCCUGCAAAUCUCAGUUUAGUGUAAUAUUAAGUGUUGAAACUAGUGACAAUGGUGUUAAGAAAAUCGCGUUGUCCAAAUAUCCGGAAGAAUCAAUGUUAGCGCUACAGAGUUUGCCUUUAUUUAAGUGCUUAAACCCAACCAUGAUGCCUCUGGCACCUACUCCUAUAGUUGCUGUGCCUUCGAAGCCGAAAAUAGGUUUUUCGAUAGACUCAAUAGUCGGCGGAGCACAUCAAGCCAGUCCGCAACAUUCGCCUCUCCAUUACUCUGAAAGUUCCGCACCUCUUUCGCCCAGUAGUGACGCUGAAAAUAGACUUAAUGGUUCACCCAAGCAAUACACCAGCUCUCCUCAAAGAUCUCCGCCUAUCUCUCCCAAACCUCCUAUAAUGGUACCAGGUAUACCAGCACACACGCUAGUGCGGCCUAACCCUACGUACGAUCCCAACUUGGUACCAAAAAAUGGUUUCUUACAACCAGAAAUGAUGCACAACCAUGGACAGCAUCCGUUCGCCUUGGCUGCCCAUUUUCAGGGAGCGGCUUUGGCUGCAGCAUUAAGCAGCGGCCAGCAUGGUUUUCCAGGACAAGCCUUCGCCGUUGGCACAGCACGCGCAGCCUAG